AUGAGCAACCCUCAUCCAACACUCCAUGCUACCCAAUAUGAAGAUGUGGAUCCUCAAAAGAAGGAGCCAAAAAGCGGCGGCAUGGGAGGUGUCCUUGGGAAACCUUUCCAGAAGAUGCGCCGUCGGUUGACUGUAACUGGUGCUAGUGAAACCAUUGAUGGAGGUAUCCAAAAGAGUAACGAGGAGCCUGAACCCCCAAAGGUAGCCAAGAAAAACAAGCUACAACAAGCCGUCCGCUGUGCCGUCACGGAAUAUUCGGGCGUUUCUAAAAAGGGCCAUGCCCCCUACAACCCGCGGAAGAAGAACCAAGAUGCCAUUGUCAUGGCGGAUGAUCCACACACCAACUCUCUUGUACUCUGCGUCUUGGAUGGACACGGUGAGCAUGGUGAUUCCGUGUCCCUGACGUUCCGUGAACAACUGGUCGCCGAAAUGUUCAAUCACCCGGCCUGGGCAACCAACCUGCAGGACGCCUGUCGUGAUGCAAUUGCCAAGGUUGAACGAAACAUGUUGAGGAAUUACAGGAUUGAUAGUGAAUUCAGUGGAACCACACUCUCCAUGGCCAUUAUCCGUGGAAACCAUUUGACUGGGGUCAAUGUCGGCGACUCUCGUGUCAUCUUGGCUAAGGAGGAAGGUGGACGAUUGGUUGGCAAAGACGUCACCUUUGAUCACAAGCCCGACUCGCCCAAGGAAAAGGAGCGAAUCUUGGCCUGUGGAGGGCGUGUAUUUGCCGUCGAAUAUGAUGAUGGAAUUGAUGGGCCACCUCGUGUAUGGUUGGGCCACAUGGAUGUCCCCGGAUUGGCCAUGUCACGGUCGUUGGGUGACGUUGUGGCACAUUCUGCCGGUGUCAUCUCGGACCCCGAAUUCACCGACAUGGAAUUGGAUCCAACCACAGACAAGUUCAUCGUGGUGGCAACAGACGGUCUCUGGGAGUUUGUGGACAACCAAGAGACCGUGGACAUGGUCGAAGCAGAAAAAGGCCCAAUAGAUGCCGUUGACACUCUCGUGCAGGAAGCCAGUCAGAGGUGGAUGCACGAAGAACAGGUUAUUGAUGACACAACAAUCAUUGUCGCCAAUUUGUUCAACUACAAGGCAUCUUAA